GUAUUGAGUUUAAACUCUGGGAAAGUUUAAACCUUCAAAGCAGGAGGUUCAAACCAAAUAAUUUGGAUUAACUUGACAUCUGUAAAGAUUUGAUGGGGAAACAGCUGAUAGUAAAUUAUUUUUCGACGCUUGUUUUUAAUGCUUCUGUAGACAAUAAUAAUUAUUAUUAAUUUAGGUUAUAGUGAAUCAUUAUUCGAAUGUAAAAAUAAUUAUAAUGGAGGAAUUGUUAGAAGUUUUUAAUGCGAUUGAUAAAGAUGACAGUGAAGAAAUUUUGAAACUGAGAAAAAUUGGGCAAAAAAAAUAAUUUGAUUUCUGGGAUAGAGAAUUUUUUAACGAUUGGGAGAAAUAUUUCUUCUUUACUAUGAAUGGCAAUAUCUAUUUGACAGUCAUCAAACAAGGAGCUGAGGGAAGAAUAUAUAAAGUAAUUUAUUUACAAAAAUCGACUAUUGUUAAAGAAAGGUUCAAAAAAGAGUACAGACAUCCCGAUUUAGAUAAUUUUCUAACAAAAGAGAGAAUAAAAUCAGAAGCACGCUCUAUGAUACGUUGCAAGGAAGCAGGUGUUCGCACUCCAGCUCUCUACCUGGUUGAUUUGGAAAGACGACGUAUUUUCAUGGAGCACAUCGAUAAUAGUGUAACAGCUAAACAGUACAUUAAUAGUUUUCUCGAAUCUGAAAGUGAAAAUGACAAACUGGACAACAUUUUAGGCGAAAUAGGAACGUCUAUUGCAAAAAUGCACAACAACAAUAUAAUACAUGGUGAUCUGACCACUUCGAACAUUCUAGUGCAGACCGAUAAGGUUUACUUCAUUGAUUUUGGUUUGAGUUCAGUUAGUGGCUCAAUUGAAGAUAAAGCAGUUGAUUUGUAUGUAUUGGAGCGAGCACUGAUUAGCACGCAUGCACACUCCGAUCGUUUAUUGAAGAUUAUUUUAGACAGUUAUUUUUCAAAAAAGUUGAAUAAAAAUAGCAAGGAAAUCAUGCAUAAAUUGGAGGAUGUGAGAAGUCGCGGACGUAAAAGAACCAUGGUGGGUUGAUGUAAGUAAAUCAAAUAUUUUUCUAGUAUUGAAAAAUAUAUUUUCAUCUGUGAUUUGUAUCGUUUAAUGAAGCCUAUUAUCCUUUGAAUAAUAAAACUUGAUGCUAUAAUAAUAAAAGGGCUGAUGCCAAA